AUGGAAGGCUGGUACACACAGUUUAAACGCAGCACAUCGAAAGAGUUAUUAGGAAUUUGUGGCGGUACCGCCAGCAACAAAGCCAAGUGGGUCAUAAUCAGCGAACUGAUGGAACUAGACCAGGAGAACUUGGCCGCGGCAACCCCGACCGUUCGGGAAAACGAAAUGGAGAUCAACAGAGAGAUUAGGGAACGAUUGGCACUGUUCGGGCCAAACCCAUAUCCUGAAAUCAUAAU